AGUGAAACUAAAGUGAUGAUCCACCGUUCUCCCCUCCAGACCUUCCACACUCCCAGCCUCGGCGAUGAGGAGUUCGAGAUCCCCCCCAUCUCUUUGGACCCGGACUCGGCCCUCACCGUGUCCGAUGUGGUGUCCCAGUUUGGGGAGCUGUCGGACAGCGGGCCCUCUGACAGUGGGGUGGCACCCGGGAACACCGUGGUGGAAGGGGAUGACCCCUCGUUCGCCUCCACUUUUGUGAACGCCCCCUCGCAGGGGCUGGAGCACCUGAGUCUGGGGGUCAUGAACCAGUCGGGGGGAGGUGCUCUGUUGGGGUCAUCGUUGGGAAUGGAUCUCGGGCAUCCCAUCAGCUCUCAGUUCAGCAGCUCGUCUCCGGUAGCCAUCGACGUCCCUCUGGGUGACAUGAGCCAGGGCUUGCUGGGCUCCAACCAGCUGACCACUAUCGACCAGUCGGAGCUCAGCGCUCAGCUGGGGCUCGGGUUGGGAGGCGGCAACAUAUUACAACGCUCCCACUCGCCUGAACACACUCUGUCGACCACGGCGUCGCCCACCAGCUCACUCCAGGACGACGACAUGGAAGAUUUUAGACGAAGCGUCCUGGUUGAAUCUCCGGUCUCUCUGGCCGUCUCCCCUGGGGUCAUCUCCCUUGACCCCUCUAUGUCCGAUUCACCUUUCUCCACCCUGACCUCCAGCGUGUCUCCAGGCUUCAGACGAAAAGGAAGAGGAGCAGGACGCGUAAAGAAGGAGAAGGAGAAGAAGGACCCGAACAAGCCUCAGAAACCGGUGUCGGCCUACGCCUUGUUCUUCAGGGACACGCAGGCGGCUAUUAAAGGACAAAACCCCAACGCUACAUUUGGAGAAGUCUCUAAGAUCGUGGCGUCGAUGUGGGACAGUCUGGGGGAGGAGCAGAAACAGGUUUACAAGAGGAAAAACGAAGCGGCGAAGAGGGAUUACUUGAAAGCACUGGCGGAGUACAAAGCCGGUCACAGUUCUCAGGCUCCCAUUGAAGUCAUGGACACUGCCCCCUCGCCUUCACCUCCACCCCCAGCUCCGUCAGUCACAGCCACACCUGCCCCCACCCUCGCCCCUCGCUCCACCAGGUCCCAGCAUUACAACCCAGAGGAGAACACCAUCACCAACAUCUGCACCUCCAACAUCAUCCUGGACCUGCCCCAGGUCACCACGCGCUCCCGCACCAACGCCAUCAAACCCCAACCUCCACCCGUUGCCCCGAACCCCCCCACCGUCACAAAGAUCAUCAUCAAACAGAUGCAGCUGCCCUCUGGCGCCGUAACGGUCACGGCGACGCCUGCCUCGUCGCCACGCCAGCCGCCUCCAUUGCAGCAGAUGCAGAGCACGCCGCCUCCGCCUCGGCUGCAGCAGAUGGUCCACGCCCAGGCUCCUCCACCUCUGCAGGCCAAGCCACGAGGCGUGGGCGCAGCGGCUGCCACCGCUCCUCCACCGCUACAGAUUAAGGUCGUCCCAUCGUCGCGACAGUCGGAUUCGAGCACGCCCAUAAUUAUGGCGGCGGCGGGUGAAACGCCUACGUCCUCCACACUGAUGAUGGAGCUGGGACAGUCGGCUGCAGUGGUGACAGGAAGAGAGGAAGUGGCAGAGGUAGAAGAAGGGAUGGAGGUGGAGGUGAACGUUGCCCCCGGCCCAAGCCUGACUCCUGCCUCCAGUCCCAACAUCUGCAUGCGUGCUGGCUGCACCAACCCCGCUGUGGAGAGUAAAGACUGGGACAAGGAGUACUGUAGCAACGAGUGUGUCGCCACCCACUGCAGAGACGUGUUCAUGGCCUGGUGUGCAAUCCGAGGGCGGAACUCCACCACCGUCACAUAGGGGAAGGACACGGCUGACGGAGGAGUGUUAUACAGAAGGACAAAGAGGAUUCUUUCAUCCUGUCAUGUCAGAUGGGAGAACGGUCAACGGAGUGUGUUUUUCAAAGUGUUAUAAUAUACUUUCCUGUGACUCUCUCAUCCUGCACAAACGACUCCAGCAGAAUUUUUUUACAUCAGUGGGACUGACGGGCUCAUAAUGAGAAGAAUGGAUAAUUUAAUAAUGUGGAAGGAAACGGAAAGAAAAACUAGAGACUCUGUUCUGCUGCUCCGGGAUCUAUCGAUCAUGUGUUGUGAAUUUAAGAUAUGGACUUGAGGAAAGAAAAAUCAAACAUUUUAUAUGUACUUAUUGUGUUUUUAAUUAUUUUGAAGAGGAAAAAAAGUGCAGGAAGGAAAUUAUGAUCUUGCAAAAUGUGUUUCGGUUUAUUAUAUUGAUUUAAAAUAAUUAUUUACUGUCACACUGGGGAUCGAACAUUUUUUAUUCCAUUAUUUAUGGGGGUUUCUGCGUCGACGGACCGGAGAAUUCUAGUCAUUAGAGAUUUGAAGAACCAACAAGUGGGCAAAGCACAAACCGUCUUAAAGCUAAUCUGGAGUUGGACCAGGGGGUAAAAUAUAUUGGUAAGAAGUAAUUUUGAGCCAAAUACUGUGUCACCUUUAAAAGCCACGAUGGUGGAAACUGGAAACUUAAAAAAACAGGUGCUAAGAUUCAGGGAAAGAAAUCACACCAAUGUUCUCUGUGCUCCUCCGCUGCUGAAAUACCCGGUGACGUAAGAGGGUUUUUAUUCAUGUGGUGCUUCUUUUGUUUUAUGAGGAGAACUUGUGUUGGGGAAAAAAAACUCUAUAAAUAUUGGAGUGAAACGACCACACACCAGCCCUGAAAACACUACUUACUGUGAGAGGAAAGGGAAUCAGAUUAAAAACACUCUUUGAACAUGA